AAGCUUUGGAAAACCUCGAGAGUUGCUCCUCUCAAACACUGCAUCAACCCAACAGCUGCUUGCCACAGAUUUUGCUGUGUAGGUGCUGCUCCCUGGCGGUGUGGAAGAAUCUCUGCCCGGUUGAACGGAGCCUCCUAGAGGAGCGAGUGCUCUGCGGUAAAGAUGGCGGCGGCAGAGGGGGCGCGUAGCGGCUGGAGGAAGACAGAGCGACCCUGAAAGAGCGAGUGAAGACUCGGGCGAAGGGAUUGAACAGUGCUGCAGAAACUGUUGACCAAACCCGAGUUAAAGGGUAGGCUGCUUAGUGCCAAAUACACGCGGGGGUCUGAGGCUGGAAGAAGAGAUUUCAAAACAGGCCGCGCUGCUGUUGGGGGAUGUGAGCCGGGAGGCAGGUGGGUUGAGUACCGUGAAACAGCUCUACUGAAGUGCGGGGAUAUGGGACAGCAGGUGGGCCGAGUCGGGGAGGGAGCUGCUACCGGGAUACAGCAUCAACAGCCGCAACAAAAUGCCCAACAGCAGCCUCCAGGAAGGGGGAGCCGGGGCAACAAUGCUGGGAGGAGACCGCGGGAUCCAGCGGCCAUCGGGACUCCACCGGGCAGGUCUGCCGCUGUAAAUGUACCGGAUCCUGGGAUCAAUAUUUUCACACAGCAUUCAGAGGCCCUGCACCGGCCCUUCUGUCUGGACCCUGAUGCCCAGGUGCUGACAGAUGCAGUCCGCUGGAGCUCCAAGGAGAACCUGCUGGGGGCUGCCGAGAGUGACCCCAACCUCUUUGUUGCACUUUAUGACUUUGUUGCCAGCGGUGACAACACACUAAGCAUCACCAAGGGUGAGAAGCUGCGAGUGCUAGGCUACAACCAGAAUGGGGAGUGGAGUGAAGUGCGCUCCAAGAACGGGCAGGGCUGGGUCCCCAGUAACUACAUCACCCCGGUCAACAGCCUGGAGAAACACUCCUGGUACCACGGGCCGGUGUCUCGCAGUGCAGCCGAGUACCUGCUCAGCAGCCUCAUCAAUGGCAGCUUCCUGGUGAGAGAAAGCGAGAGCAGCCCGGGCCAGCUCUCCAUCUCCCUGCGCUACGAGGGGAGAGUGUACCACUACCGCAUCAACACUGCCUCCGACUGCAAGGUGUACGUCACCUCGGAGAGCAGGUUCAGCACCCUGGCUGAACUGGUCCAUCAUCACUCCACGGUGGCCGAUGGGCUUGUCACCACGCUGCACUACCCGGCCCCCAAGUGCAACAAGCCUACAGUGUACGGGGUGUCUCCCAUCCAUGACAAGUGGGAGAUGGAGCGCACGGACAUCACCAUGAAGCACAAGCUGGGGGGCGGCCAGUACGGGGAGGUGUACGUGGGGCUCUGGAAGAAGUACAACCUCACAGUGGCUGUCAAAACACUCAAGGAAGAUACGAUGGAGGUGGAGGAGUUUUUGAAAGAGGCUUCCGUCAUGAAAGAAGUGAAGCACCCCAACCUGGUCCAGCUGUUGGGCGUGUGUACUCUGGAGCCCCCCUUCUAUAUUGUGACAGAGUACAUGCCCCACGGGAACCUGCUUGAUUACCUGCGGGAGUGUAACCGCGAGGAGGUCAGCGCAGUGGUGCUGCUCUACAUGGCCACGCAGAUCUCCUCCGCCAUGGAGUACCUGGAAAAAAAAAACUUCAUCCACAGGGACCUUGCUGCGCGGAACUGCCUAGUCGGGGAGAAUCACGUGGUGAAGGUGGCUGACUUUGGGCUGAGCCGCCUGAUGACUGGAGACACAUACACGGCCCACGCCGGGGCCAAGUUCCCCAUCAAGUGGACCGCUCCUGAGAGCCUGGCGUACAACACCUUUUCCAUCAAAUCAGACGUGUGGGCUUUUGGAGUGCUGCUCUGGGAGAUCGCCACUUACGGCAUGUCUCCCUACCCUGGGAUCGACCUGUCCCAGGUGUACGACCUGCUGGAGAAGGGGUACCGCAUGGAGCAGCCUGAGGGCUGCCCCCCUACAGUCUACGAGCUCAUGAGAGCAUGCUGGCAGUGGAGCCCCCUAGACAGGCCUGCUUUCUCUGAGACACACCAAGCGUUUGAAACCAUGUUCCAUGAUUCCAGCAUCUCUGAAGAGGUUGCAGAAGAGCUGUGUAAAACUGCCUCUUCCUCCUGCUCUGCGUUUUCCAACCCGCUGCUGCCCCUCCUGCCCUCCAAAUCCAGGACGACAAAGAAACACACCGAGAAUAAAGAGAACAUGGAGACAGAGCAGCCAGGACAGAGUGCUCCAUCAGGUUUCUCAGCCAGCGUGCUCUCUGGGGAAGGUGGAACUGGAGUGGGCGGCUCUCCAGCGCUUCCCCGCAAACAGAGGGACAAAUCUCCCAGCAGCCUGCUGGAGGAGCCCCGAGAGACUUCCUUCACCAGGGACCGCAAGGCUGGCUUCUUCAGCUCCUUCAUGAAAAAGAAGCAGCAGCAGCACAGCAUCCCCACCCCGCCCAAGAGGAGCAGCUCCUUCAGAGAGAUGGAGAACCAGCCCCACAAGAAGUAUGAGCCCACCUCUAGCUUCACCUGCGCCAGCUCCCUGCCACAUGUGGAUGCACUCAGCUUCUCUCCCACCCACGGAGGGGGUAACCAUGUGCAAUCCAGGUGCUGUGGGGCCACCUUCGGACAGAAAACCUCUGCCAACAACCCCCCUCCCACUUCUUGCACCAACGCCCCUCCUGGGGGCAGCAGCUGGUCUGGCAUUGCCGGCUUCUUCACUCCCCGCCUAAUCAAAAAGACUCUGGGGCUGAAGGCUGGCAAAGGUUCGGGAGCAGAGGAGGCAGCCAAGCCCUUCCCCAGGUCCAACUCCACCUCCUCUAUGUCCUCAGGGCUGCCUGACCUGGAACGUAUGGCCCUCACGCUCCCCAGGAACACCCACCGCUCCAAAAUCCAGCUGGAAAGGACUUCCUCUACCACCUCCCAGCUGGAUGAAGGCAGGCCGGCUGAGGCUUUGCUCUGCAAGAUGGACGAAGGCACAGCUCAGAUCAGGGAGCGCCCCAAAGCCAAGCUGCUGCCCAGAGGAGGAGCAGGGUCUAUCAGUGCACAGAGGGCGCCAGGGGUUGGGGGAGAGCUGGAGGCCGAUUCUUCCAGCAGUAGCAGCAGCUCCCCCAGGGCCAAAGACAGCGCUGCUGAAUCAGGGCAGCAGGACAGGCAAGGGUGGGCUUCUCCAUCCAAGACCUUGAGUACUCUCCCCGGGGCAGCACACAAUCACAAGGUCCCCGUGCUCAUCUCGCCCACUCUCAAGCACGCGCCGGCGGACGUGCAUCUCAUCGCCAUGGACUCUCAGGGGAACCGCUUCAAGCUCCUGUCGGAGGGGGUAGGGGGGGACAGGCCCAGGUUGGUGAAGCCCAAGUGUGCCCCUCCUCCCCCCCCUACACCCAGACUCCUCCAGCCCUGUCCCCCCUCCACUUCCAGCUCCAGCCUCCAGGCCAUAGACUCUUCCCAAGAGCCGGAGUCGAACGGGGACUGGCUGAAGAAGGCUGGGAAGGCGGGGGCUCGACCGUCGGUGCCGCCACCUCAAGUGCCUCCUCCUCCAUCAUCAUCCUCCUCCUCCUCCUCCUCCAGCACAACGCCGACCAAGAUUUCCAAUGGGGCCUCCCUCCAAGCUGGUGCUGCUAAGGUCUCCCUGAGGAAAACCCGUCUGCAGACAGAGAGGGUCCCAGCAGACAAGAUUAGCAAGGAGGCCCUGCUCGAGUGUGCAGAGUCCCUGACUAGCGCCAUCACCGGCAGCCCCGCUCCUCCCCCCUCCAGCGGCCAGCUCGUCGACACUGGCCACCAGCUCCUGGACUACUGCUCGGGCUACGUGGACUGCAUCCCGCAAACACGCAACAAAUUUGCCUUCCGGGAGGCCGUGGGCAAACUGGAAUUGAGCUUACAGGAGCUGCGGGCUUCCUCUGCUCCCACGCCCGGCCCCAGCCCAGCUCUCACAAACCUACUGACCUGCGUCAAGGAGAUUAGUGAUGUGGUCCAGAGGUAGUCACCAUUGGGAACCUCCCCCGCCAAGGAUGGGUGGCGAGGGGGCUUGAGUUUUCUUGGAAGUACCUCAGAAAUCACUACGUGUUGUGUUUUUUUUUUUUGUUUUUUUUUUUUUGUUUUGUUUUGUUUCCUCAUGUUUACAGGAUUGUUUGUCAGUUGGAGCACUGUCAAUGGUCACUAUUCUACAUUCAAUCAUAAAAUCAUAGAAUCAUACGUUCUAUCCCUAAAUAAGAACAACCUAUUCCUUUACCCCACCUCCUCCUUAAAAGAAAAGAGCACAGAGCAGAUAUUUGAAGUCGUGAUCGGGGUUGAUCUAUUGUCCCAUGAUGAGAUGCAUUGUCUUUGUAUAUGGAAAGACUUCAGAACUAGCAUAUCGGGUUCAAUUAUUCCAAUAACUAAGGCUUUGAAAGCAUGUUCUCGGUUCAUCAGUGGAACACUUUCUCCCAAGUAUGUUGCUUUGCUGCUGUUUUUCAAUGUUUUAUUUUAAAUUUGACAAAAGGUUCUACCCAUAUGCCUUACCACCACUAGAGUUGCAGUGAUACAAAAUAUCAUGACAUAAAUUUAUAUAGCGAUAAUUUGGAAAGAAUUUGCAUCAGUGGACUUUGAUACUACAUAUAUUUUUUGGAAAUAAGGACAUUGGAUAUAUAGUGUUGCUUUCAAUGUUAUAAAUAAAACUACCAUUUGUGGUCUACUUUAUAUAAACGUGUCGGUUAGCGUGGCUGUAAAACACUAAUGUUAAAGAGAAACCACGAGUGAAUGUGUUUCGCUGGCAUUUUAAACUUUUUAAAAAGGAGCUUCAGAAGAGGCCCAUGUGAAACUAGCUUGGAAGCCUGCAUGGCAACAAUAUAUCAGAAAGACCAUUAUUCUGAUAGUGUUGACCAUGGACAAUUCAUAUUAUUGUAUCACUGUACUAUCGUACUUGCAGUAUACAGCUGCAGCCCAAACCACCACAACACUGUAGAAGCAUCCUUCCUUCCUGUAGAGUGGUGGCAGGGUGCAUGGGGUCAACUCAGUACGAAGAAGUCUGGAAAACAAAAAGAUCAAUAACAAAACAAAACAGACGCUUGUGGGAAUGUAGUUUUACUUGGAGGUGAGGAAAUGUUUUUAAAGUCAGGGUUUUGCUCUUUUAAAAGGAAUUGUAAAGCAUUCAAGCUGCUACAAUGCACCACAAGCUAACUGGCUCGCAAAUAUGCAAAUAAAAAGGGGGCUACAUUGCAAUGUAAAGAGAUCCCACCCAUCCAGUGUGUGCUGCUGUAAUUGUGCUUUGGUGUCUGAGCACUAAGAAUGUAUUCUGAUGUUAGUCUCAAAGAUAAAAACUCAUCAUCUUACUAGCCAGUCUCAGGGGUGCACAAGUCUGCUGUGAGUUUGGUGGGCAUAAGGAAGGCAUGAUUCUACCUUGCAGAUGGUGAUAGUCCCCCCACCUUAUGAAUGUUUGUAUAAGCGAAAGCUAACAGUGACCAGAACCUUCAUUGAAAAGGAAUUUGAUCAGUUUCUGUGAUGUGGAAAUGUUCAGAUUGUUUUAUUACUCUGUGCUAUUGGAGCAAAGAUCAAACUUUAAAGAGAAGGUGGUUAUCACUAGACCAAUGGUUGUUCAUCCCUGCUCCCCAUGACCUCUUAUUAAUAGCAUCUCAUUUGUAUCACCUACUUCAGCUCUGACUAAAGUGCUGUUCCCCAUUAUCAUAUUCCAGUCCAGGUCCAGCCAUGCCGCUGAGAUGCCUUGGUUUUUAUUUUAAUGGACUAAACUUUGUUGACCCCCUUUACAUUUCUAAAUACAAUAUAUCGGCACUGGAGCUGGUUUAAAGUCAGUGGGAUUUGAAUACACCACUGUUUAGAGCUAAUAACAUUUAAUAAAAAAUGUUACCUUCACAUCGGACAUAAAAGCACAUAAUGUACUUGAAGACGCCUGAAUAACCAUGCCAUUAGACACUUCCCUUCAUAAUGGAGUGCAUGGGCAAUUAUUCUUUACCCAGUGUAGCAGUUUAAAGUCGUUUGUGUUGAGAUCAUUAGCAUAGACCUCAUGAACUUGUAGCACAGUGACAUCCAGGUGUCAUUGAGCUCUAAUCAGUACCAUUCUCAGGGGUAAUCAGUAAGUGUGGUUUUUUUCCUUUUUGUAGUAAUACCCAAUCAGUUGUUAUCGAGUAGCCAAAGUCUAUAUCCACACUGGAAUUUAGUAGCUAGAGUUGCCCCAUGAUGUGCUCCACAUUGUCACAGCUCCCACUGUGAUCCAUAGGGGGUGCUGUUUCAUCUUAUACUGUGGAAUGUUUCCAUUUGCUUUGAUCCAUUCUUGGCUGCUGAUCGGAGCAUCACCACUGCAAGGCCUGGUGGAAUUCUUGAUUCCUGUUGAUAAGCUCUUAAAGCUGCAGCAGCAUUGCUCUUGUUGGUAUAAUAAAGGGUGCGAGGCUUAUUCACUGUUCCAAGGUCAAAGUAUUUUCUGUGUUGGAUACUAACCUACAGCACAUGUGCUAGUUAAUGCAACUAAAUUGGGGACAUAGAGACAGCACCCCUAAGGGACACAGUGGAAACUGACAGUGUGACCAGAUUUUAGUGCUAUACCAGUUGACUUUAUCACAACCUGGUAUUUAAUCUGCAAUGCCCCCAUAGAUGCACAUACUUUUGAUUUGUUUCCAGAAUAAUAAAGGCCAUCUAUCUACUCCAAGGCACAUUUCUUCAGUCCUAGAAUUACUUUAAUGUAUUGUGCACUACUGUGUUUGAGACCAUUUUAAGAAUCUAUAAAUACUUUAUUUUAAAAUGCCCCCAGGGGUAAAAUCAACAACAUACCAUAAUCCAACCCUUCUUACCUAUUCAAAUAAUUAUAAUCAUUGGUUUAACGUGACUGAAAUGCCAGCCAAAAUAUUUAGUUUAAUAUUUACUGUUGCACACGAUACACACUUUUGAAACCCUUUGCACUAAUUAGCAUGUUUUCUAUAGAUUGUAAUCCACCCCGUUUAGAAAAAUCAGUAUCUGCUUGCAUGCACGCAAAGCCAUCUGUCAAAGCUGUAGUUUGGGGUUGCUACCUGGUGAUGUUAAAUAUAAAAAGCCAGGGAUAUCAUCAAUCACUCCUGGAAUUCAACCAGUUUGGCAGGAAAAUGAUCUCUGGUUGUAGGAUUAAUACAUUCAGGAGUUCGGUGAGCUUGAACCCCCUCACAGGUGAACAGUAGUCUAGCUGGAGUGCAUUCUCACUACCCAGUCAAAGUCCAGUGUGAAAACGCAAUUGGACUACCGCUCUGACAUUUAAAACAAGGAAUUCCUUAACUCAGGAAGCCAGUUAAUGUAGUCUCUUUGUGCUUUUUCUUAGUUAUCUGGAGCCCGCUGCUUCAGCAUCUCAAUCUAUUGACAACAUUGUGUUGAAUCUAUCGAGAACAGUUCAGUAUGGCCACAUUUCUGUUUGCUAGGUCAAGCUUACCUGUGUAUCAUUUCAAAGUUCUAGAGGUACAUUGAACCAAUAAUGUUACAAUUGGAGUGAUCAGUGGAACAGAGUGCCAGCACUUCUAUCACAGGAGUCCAAUCAACAGGAUUCAAACCCAGUGAGCUACUCCCUGAAUUAGACUCAUUAUCAUGGAGAAUUGUCUCGGAAUCGGAAAACUAAAGCAGCACUUUUUGUUCUACAGAUUCAUAUCAAUUGUGCACACAUUUCAUGAGCUCUGGAAUGUUAUGUUUAUUUUUUAUUUUUAAUAUGAAAAUCACAUUAUCAUGUGUGACCAUUGUUUUUAUUUUAUUUGUUUUCUUGUAUGUUGUUUUUAGUCAUUACUGGAGAAACACUAAGUCAACAUUUUUAUACCAAAGGCCACUUUUUUUUCUUCAGUUCUACUUGUGCAAUGAAACUAAACACUUCUUAAUUGUAAAUAUGUGAAUUUUAACAGGGGUUUAAAUGAUGCCAGAUGCUAACAAAAUGAAAUCCAUUAUUAACACUCAGUAUUUUCUUUUUUUUUUGUAUUGUAAAUCUAUUUUUUUCGUGUUUCUAAUUUAAAUCUCACAUUGACUAUAGUGUGACUGUGAAGUUCUCUAUCAGUGUUAAACUUGAUGUAAAUAGAAAAUGACCAGGGUCCUGUCUGGUUCUGGACAGAUUUGCCAAUUUCUUUUUUUUUUCUUUGUUUUUUUUUUUUUUU